AUGGACGGCCGUGACUUCGCGCCCCCGCCGCGGCUGCUGUCGGAGCGGGGCAGCCUGGGCCACCGGCACGGCACGGGGCGCGUGGCGGGUUCGGCGCACGGUGCCGUGCAGCCCCCCGGACACUUCCAGCCCACCAAGUACUUCCCCGCGCCCAUCUCCAUGGCCACGCACACAGCCGGCAGCGGCCUGAUGGGGAAUGCGCCCGCCUCCUCCUUCAUGGGGGGCUUCCUGAGCAGCAGCCUGGGCUCGGGGGCACCCAGCCACCCCGCCGGCCCCACCGCGUCCCCCCCGGAGCCGGCUUUCCGCGGGCCUCACUCCGGCACCUCCCAGAUCUGGUUCUCGCACUCCCAUGAAGCCCCGGGGUACCCCCGCUUCUCCGGGAGCCUGGCCUCCACCUUCCUGCCCAUGAGCCACCUGGACCACCAUGGCAACAGCAACGUCCUCUAUGGCCAGCACCGCUUCUACGAGAGCCAGAAAGAUAACUUCUACCUGCGCAACCUGCCCGCCCAGCCCGCCCUGCUCCCCGCCAGCCACGGCUUCCCUGGCAUCGCCCGUGCCGCCCCCGGGCCCCCCGCCGGCUCCUGCAGCCGGGAGCGGGAGGCUGGACCCCUGCCCAAGACCCCGAAGGACUACGACCGCUUCCUGGCGGGCAAGGAGAAGGCAGGCAAGGGGGACCCCAAGGAGCGGCCGCCCGAGGAGGACCCCAAGGAGCGGCACAAGGCGGUGCUGCCGGUGCCGCCGGAGGGGCACUGCAAGGAAGGGCUGCCCCCCCGGGGGGCCGGUGACGGCCGCCCCAAGCACCUCGCCUCCUGCCUGCUGGGUGCCAAGGGGCUGGAGGGCGACGCUGGCCGCGCCGUGCUGCCCAGCUGUGCCGGCAACGCCCUGCCCCGCGCCGGCCGCUGCAGCGCCAAGGAGCCGUGCCGGGGCGAGCGGGAGCCGGGUGCCCCCGAGGCACCCCAGCCCUACAGCGAGUGCGUGGAGCGACGGCAGAUGCUGCACCACGCCGUUUCCUACGCGGUGCCCACCGGGCCGGCCCCGCUCGGCCCCGCUGCCGGUUCCUUCCCCUGCCUGCAGCUGCACGCCGGCCCCGAGGUGCUGUGCCCGCUGCCGGAGCCGGCCGGCCGGGAGCUGAAGCUGAGCGGGGCCACGCUGGUGCCCUCGGUGGGACACCUGACGGACAAGAGCCGCUCCUUCCAGGUGGCGGCGGAGGCCGGCGGGCUGGAGCGCGCCGAGGGCAAGGAGCGGCACAGCGAGGUGGGGGCCGAGCCCCCGGCCACUUACGGUGGCCACUUCCACCACCCGCUGAAGGCGGAGGGCCCGGCGGAGCGGCGGCUGGAGUGGGGGGGUCCCAGCGCCCGGCUGAAGGGGCUGGAGUACCUGGGUGGGGGGGCAGCCGAGGGGUCCCCCUUCGCCGGCCGGGGCCCGGCACCCAAGGGUGCUCUGGAGAAAAGCUACUUCGAGGUGCCGCCGGCGCCUGACUGCUCCCGUGCCGCCCGCCCCGACCCGCUGGGCGUCCGGGUCGGCCCCUCCUGCUGCACUUUAGAGAAGGGCCCCCCUAAGGACCCCCCCCCCGGGCCAGGUCCCCAGAAAGUGGCGCGGAUCCGGCACCAGCAGCACGCCGAGGCGGAGGCGGCCAGUGCUGGCCCUGAGGGCAAGCGCAAGCCCCUGGAGCUGAGCGCCCUGGGCUACGGCGGGCCCCCCCUGCCCCCCUGGGGCGUGCAGGGCCAGGGGCCCCCCCUGGCCGUGGCGGAGGAGCGGAAGGGGCCCUACCUGGACCCCUUCGGCACGAGUCUGCAGCAGGCUGCGUUGAUGACUCAGGGGCCGGUGCUGGGCCAGGAGGUGCCGGCCGCCCCGGACGAGGUCUCGGCCAUGAAGAACCUGCUGAAAUACAGCAACCAGGCGCUGCUGGGGGGGCAGAAGGGCCCCCCCUUCGUGGGGCUGGGGGGCGUCAAGGGCAGCUGCGCCCACCAGGACGCCAAGUUCCCCCCGGGGAAGGGGCAGCCGGAGCUGGAGCGGCCGGACUGUGCCCGCGGCCGGGAACACGACGGGCUGGCCCCCGGCGAGGGCGAGGUGCGGCAGCCGCCCGUCGGCAUCGCCGUGGCUGUGGCGCGGCAGAAGGACACGCUCGGACGCCCCGAACCCUCCUACGGCGGCGGUGGCUCAGGGCGGCAGGGCCGGGCGGCCGCUGGCAUCAAAGCGGGCACCGCACGGCCCAUGCACCUCAUCGACCUGGAGGCAGAGGAGGAGCGGGGCCGGCUCUGCGAGGAGCGCCUGGGGCUGCCGGGGCGAGAGCUCCUUCUCCAGGACAACAAGGACCUGGUGGAGUUUGCCCGGAUGCACCCAUCGGGGGGGUGUCCCGGGGAGCUGACCCCCCACCUGAUGAUCGCCGGGGGCUCCUCGCUGCCGGCGGGGCAGCUUGGGGGGGACCCCGCUGCCCAUGCCCACCCGGCACACACGCACUGGCUGCCCCGCACCCGCAGCCCCUCCAUCUGGAUGGGGGGACACUCCUACGGCAUCGGCCACCCCGCGCUGCACCAGAACCUGCCGCCUGCCUUCCCCACCUCCAUGCCCAGCACCAUGCAGCCCGUCUUCCCCCUCUCCCAGGACCCCCCCGCCCAGCUCGUCAUCCUGCCCACCGAGCCCCCCGCCCACGGCACCCCCCACACGCUGGCCGACGUGAUGGACCAGGCGUCGCUGUGGCCCCCGAUGUACCCGGGCCGGGGCCCCGGCGCCCACCUGCAGCACACGGGGCAGCUGCCCGUGUACUCGCGCUCCCAGUUCCUGCGGCAGCAGGAGCUCUACGCCCUGCAGCAGCAGCAGCGGGCGGCCCAGGCCCUUGAGAUCCAGCGCCAGGCGCAUGUCCAGCGGAAGCCGGAGGAGCAGCCCCUGGAGCUGGAGGACGGGGGUCCCGAGAAGCCCCUCAAACCCUCCCACAAAGCAGUUGCCUUAAAUCCCUCGGCCAAGGGCCUGCCCUCGGCGGCCCCUGGGCCCCCCAAGCUGUCCCCUUGCUGCCACUCUCCGGCCCUGCGGCACCCGGCCAAGUGCCCCGUGACCCUCCCCGCGGCCCCCUGCACUUUACCUGUCUGCCCCGCCGCCAGCUCCACCGUGGCCCCCCGCUCCCCGGCCGACAGCCCCCUGCCCGUCCAGAGCAAGGGCAGCGAUGGCGAGGACAAGCGCGGAGAGGGGCAGCCGCCCCGCGACUACCCCAAGUCCCUGGAGCCAGACCUGCCCCCCGGCUACAGCUACCCCGCUGCCGGCAUGGGCUUCUCCGAAGCACACUCCGCCGAGCCGGCCGACCCCGACACUAUGCACGCCGGCUCCCCGCCGGCCGAGCCCGAGCAGUCCCGGACCUUCAGCCCUGCUGGGGAGAUGCUGCGGGAGCCGGGCCCCCCCCGGGAGCCACCGGCCGGGGGGGCGAUGGCCGAGGGUCCCGGGGCGCUGCUGCACCGCCACCACCUCCUCCUCAGCCCGGGCCCUCUCUGCGGGGAGCGGGGGCCGGCUCCGGCCGCGGGGGCUGCAGAGGAGCGGGCACCAGUACCCUUUGGGGUGCGCCGGGAGGCGGCUCAGGGAGCACCGGAGCAGAGCUCGCUGGAGCAGCAGCGCCCGGUGCCCGUGGUGGGGGCCUCCCCGCUGCCCCCCACUGUGGAGGAGGAGGAGGAGGAGGAGGAGGAGGGCGACAGCGAUGGCUCAGAGCCGGAGGGCAGCUGCGACGAGGAGGAUGACGAGGAGGAUGGCGAUGGCCCCAGUGGGCGACAGGGCUGCCCGGGCGGGCUGGAGGCGCUGAUCGCUGCUGGCAUCGACCUGGGGGAGCUGCCAGCACUGGGCUCACCCGGGGAGCCCCCCCCGGCUCCCCCCUCGCCCGCUCCCCGUGCCUCAGGGAUCCCCGGCAUCGCCCUGCUCAGCGAGCUCGCCGACCUGGAGCUGCGCCGGCGCCGCUGCGACCUGGCCCUGGAAGGGGAGGACGAGGACCUGCUGGCCUUCAACCUGCAGAACCUGGCCACCGUGGCGGCCGCCUGGUCACUGGUGGAGGCGGCCAGCCGGGAGGGCAGCCCCCCCGCGCUCAGCCCCCUGCCCGCCUCCCCGCCGCCCCGUGCCCGUGUCCCCCGCCGCAAGUACACCUGGACGCCCAAAACCAAGGCCGUUUGCCCCCUGAAGGCGGCCAUCGAGCAGCUCAACACGCAGGAGGUGGAGGUGCGGAUGCGGCUGGCCGAACUCCAGCGCCGCUACAAGGAGAAGCAGCGGGAGCUGGUGAAGCUGCAGAGGCGGCAUGACCACGAGCGUGAUGAGAGCUCCCGGAGCCCGGCGCGGCGCGGGCCAGGGCGGCCGAGGAAGCGCAAGCACUCCAGCACGCUGGGCAGGGCCGAGAGCCGCAAGGUCAAGGCGGUGAAGACCAGCCUGUCCCUGCUGUGUGCCGAGCUGCGGGGGGACCCCGAGCCCAAGAAGAAGCGGAGCAAGCUGGCCGAGGCGGCGUUCGGCAGUCUCAAGGGCUCCCCGCUGAAGCAGAAGGUGAAGAGCAAAGGGCUGCCCGCCGGCAUCAGCCCCUUCCGCCGGAAAGACCCCAACCCCGGCAGCCGCAUCCAGAAGAAGCUGUCCCGUCCCAAGAGCUCCAAGGCCACCAAGUACCAGCCGCAGGACCCAGACCCCCGCCAGCCGGCAGGCUUCAAAGACGAGCACGAUGGGGACACAGACAGCGAGGACGGUGACGACGAGCCAGGCUUGUCCCUGCUGCCCUCGGUGCCCGUGGCCGUGCUCGGACCUUCCCCGUCCUCCGUGGUGAAGAUGGAGGCCAACGAAAAGGCGAAGAAGAAGAAGGAAAGGCAGGGACUGCUAGGGCCCUGCCGCCUCGGCAGCCCCGAGGGUGAGGUGAAGAUCAAGCGGCGGCCGGUGAAACCAGGGACUGGCAAGCUGGAGAAGGUGCCGGUGCGGCGGAAGGCGGGCAGCUGCGAGGAGGGAGGCAAGAAGAAGCUGAAGGCGAAGCCCAAGGAGAGCCUCCGGCCGCCGGCCCCCAGCGGCCCCAGCGCCCCGGCCCCCGCCGGCAGCCUCUUUGCCGGCACCGACCCCCGGCACUUUGGGCCGAGGGACGAGGGGGCUCGCCUGGCCAGCGAGAGGCUGAAGAAGGCCACGCGCAAGAGCAAGGUGCUGCAGUCGGCCCUGAGGCGAAAGAACGGGGCUCUCUCGCUGGCCCUCUCCCCCCGGAGCGCCAAGACGAUCCUGAGCAAGGGCAAGAAGCUGGCCAAGGUGAAGAGCAAAGUGGCCACCAAGCAGUGCAAGGGCCGGGCGGUCAGCAAGCUGCUGGAGAGCUUCACCGUGGAGGACGACUUCGACUUCGAUGACAACAGCAGCUUCUCGGAGGAGGAGGAGGAGGGGGGCUGCCUGGCGGGGGUACCGCGGGGGGGGCACCGCUCCCCCCUGCCCCACGCCUGCGCCAUCCAGAAGGAGGAUCUGCGGGACGGGCUGCACAUCCUCAUCCCUAAGGAGGACAGCCUGCUCUACGCCGGCAGCGUCCGCACCAUCCAGCCGCCCGACAUCUACAGCAUCAUCAUCGAGGGUGAGCGGGGGAACCGGCAGCGCAUCUACUCGCAGGAGCAGCUGCUGCAGGAGGCGGUCCUCGACGUCCGACCCCAGUCGCGACGCAGCCUCCCGCCGGGCACCCGCGUCUGCGCCUACUGGAGCCAGAAAUCCCGGUGCCUCUACCCGGGGAAUGUGGUGCGAGGCUCCUCCAGCGACGAGGAGGAGGACGACCCCGAGGCGGUGAUGGUGGAGUUCGACGACGGGGACACGGGGCACAUCGCCGUCUCCAACAUCCGCCUGCUGCCCCCCGACUUCAAGAUCCAGUGCACCGAGCCGUCCCCCGCGCUGCUGGUCUCCAGCUCCUGCCGGCGGACAAAGCGGUCGUGCGGCGACAUGCCCCCGCCCGGCGAGCUGCCCCCCAGCCUCUGCCCGGACCGCCACGACAUCCCCGAGCCCCCCAAGAACUCGGGCAAGAAGGCGGCCAGCAAGGAGAAAAGUGGCAAAGCUGCGGAGGUGCUGUCGGGCGGCAAGGCGCCGGUGCUGAGCGACCCCUUCCUGGGGCGGCGUGGCGGGCCGCUGCUGAGCUGGUCGGCGGUGGCACAGACGAAGCGGAAGGCAGCGAGCAAAGGCACAGCCGUGCUGCAGAACCUCUUCCAGGUCAACGGCAGCGCCAAGAAGCUGCGGGCCAAAGAGGCCAUCUUCCCCGUGCACCACCACCACCACCUCGCCGCCCCUGUCUUCGGCAACGGCUUCGGGGCCGACUCCUUCAGCCGCAUCGCCAGCUCCUACGCCUCCUUCGGGGCCGGGGCUGGGCUGGUGCUGCCGGCUGCCCAGAAACUCUUGCGCUCCAAGAAGGCCGAGCGGCUGGAGGCAGAAAUGGGCAAAAGCGGCCGGAGAAGGGCAGGCAGCGAGUACCUGGUCAAGCUGGACCACGAAGGGGUGACGUCCCCCAAGAACAAGAACUGCAAGGCCCUGCUGCUGGCCGAGAAGGACUUUGGGGCCAAGCUGGAGCGGCCCCUGGCCAGCCACGGCUAUGCCCACGCGGCCCUGGCGGGCAAGGAUAGGAAGGGGCGAGCACCUGUGCACCAGCUGCCCGUGGGGCUGGCGCUGCGGAAGUACUCGGGCCAGGCCGAGUUCACCCUGAACUGCGACAGCGACUGCCACAGCUCCUACUCGGACAUGGACGAGGACGAGGAGACGGGCGGGCUGGGCGCCGACGUCCCCUCGCGCUUUAUGACCCGCCUCUCGGUUUCCUCCUCUUCCUCGGGCUCUUCCACCUCCUCCAGCUCCGGCUCCAUCUCCACCUCCAGCCUCUGCUCCUCCGACAACGAGGAUUCCUCCUACAGCUCCGAGGACGAGGACUCCACACUGCUGCUCCAGACCUGCCUCUCCCACCCGGUGCCGGCGCUGCUGGCGCAGCCGGAGGCCCUGCGCUCCAAGAGCGGCGCGCCGCAGCGCUGCUUCCUCACCAAGGCCGCUGCCGCCGGCCCCAAGGCCAAGCUCAAGCGCAAGGAGGCCCUCAGCUUCUCCAAAGCCAAAGAGUUCUCCCGGAGGCAGCGCCUGCCCUCGGUGGAAAACCGGCCAAAGAUCUCCGCCUUCCUGCCCGCACGCCAGCUCUGGAGGUGGUCGGGGAACCCCACGCAGCGGCGGGGCAUGAAGGGCAAGGCACGGAAGCUGUUCUACAAGGCCAUCGUGCGGGGCAAGGAGACGCUGCGCAUCGGGGACUGCGCCGUCUUCCUCUCGGCCGGGCGGCCCAACCUGCCCUACAUCGGGCGCAUCGAGAGCAUGUGGGAGUCCUGGGGCAGCAACAUGGUGGUCAAGGUCAAGUGGUUCUACCACCCCGAGGAGACCAAGCUGGGCAAGCGGCAGAGCGACGGCAAGAACGCCCUGUACCAGUCGUGCCACGAGGACGAGAACGACGUGCAGACCAUCUCCCACAAGUGCCAGGUGGUGGGACGGGAGCACUACGAGCAGAUGACCCGCAGCAAGAAGUACCAGGACCGGCAGGACCUCUACUACCUGGCGGGCACCUACGACCCCACCACGGGCCGGCUGGUGACCGCCGACGGGGUCCCCAUCCUCUGCUGACCCCCCCGGGCCCACCCCGGGCAC